UCAAUCGUUCACUGUCCUCAAACAACAGUCUUAGGACAAAACAAACAAUCAAUCAAAAUGAAAUCGUUCUUCGUUGUCGCUCUCUUCGUCGCCGUAGCUGUCGCUGCCCCAGUCGGCCCUGAUGCCGACGCUGUCGUCAUCAGACAAGACAACGACAACAUUGGUGUCGAAGGAUACAACACCGGCUAUGAAACCUCCAACGGAAUCAAGGCUCAGGAAACCGGUCAACUGAAGAACAUUGGCACUGAAAACGAAGCUCUUGAGGUCCGCGGAGAAUUUGCGUACAUCGGCCCUGACGGAGUUACUUACGCUGUGACCUACGUCGCUAACGAGGGUGGAUUCCAGCCUUCGGCACCUCACAUUCCCAAGGCUUAAGUCAACCGAACAGGCCCCAGCAUCUAGUCCAAAAAUACUCAUUCAUUUGAAAAGUUUUCGUUUGUUAUUAGAAUCCAAGCGAUCUGUGAUACGAUCCUGAUGACAAUACAUACGUUUAAGUAA